CGGCACAGUUCGUUAAAAUAGCAGUGAAGUUUCGCUAAGUUUUGUUUUGUCUUUUCAGAUUUUUGACAUUCCUAUUUUAUCGGUAGAAGAUUUUAGGUGCUUGUGAUUUGUUCUGUGUGGUUGUGCUCGAUAUUUUGGGUGUGUUCAUCACAAUUUGUUGGUUUGUGACAGUAAAUUUAGUGUGAAAUAUGUUACGUUCCCUAUUGGAUUCAUUUUGGAACGAAGAUGUGUGGUUACCGCCGAAUACAACUUGGCAAGAUAUCGCCCCUGGACCUGAUAAAGCUGUGGUUUACCCUCAAUAUUGGGAUGUCCUGUACGCAAUACCCCUGGCUUUCGUGCUCAUAGCGUAUAGAUACGUGCUGAACAAAUAUUGGUUCACACCAUUUGGUCUGUCACUGGGUAUUAAGAAUACCAGACCAAAAAAAGCCCCUUACAAUCCAAAACUAGAAGCAGCAUAUCAGCAGACACCUAAAAUCAAACAUAAGCAGAUAAUAUCGCUGUCAAAGCAGGUGGACCUGACCGAGCGGCAGGUGGAGCGAUGGUGGCGUCUCCGGCGCAGCCAGGACAAGCCGUCCAACCUGGUGAAGUUCUGCGAGAACCUGUGGCUGUUCACCUUCUACAUGUUCAACUUCUCGUACGGCCUGUUCGUGCUGUGGGACAAGGACUGUCUGUGGGACAUCGACCAGUGCUAUAUCGGCUACCCUCAUCAGGGUGUCACACCAGACAUCUGGUGGUACUACAUGAUCUCAUCAGCGUUCUACUGGUCGGCGACGAUGUCCCACUUCUGGGACGUGCGGCGCAAGGACUUCUGGCAGAUGUUCGUGCACCACAUCGCCACCAUCCUUCUGCUGGCUUUAAGUUGGAUCUGCAAUCUGCACAGAAUCGGAUCGCUUGUGCUGCUGGUGCAUGAUUUCGCUGAUAUUUUCCUGGUGGCAGCGAAAGCAGCGAAGUACGCAAACUACCAGCGGCUGUGUGACGUCAUAUUCGCUAUAUUCACUAUCGUGUGGAUCGCGACCCGGCUGGGGAUAUACCCCUUCUACUUAAUAUGGAGCUCGUCGAUUCGCGCGCCGAUGCUUCUACCCAUGUUCCCCGCGUACUACAUCUUCAACACGAUGCUGUGCUUCCUACUGGCCUUACACGUACUGUGGACCUGGCUCAUACUACAGGUGGCUUACAACGCCAUCAGUGCCGGGAAGAUGGAGGGUGACAUAAGGAGUUCCAGUUCAGAAAUAAGCGAUAGUUCGCAUUCCAACCACAGCACUCCGAAUCGGGUCAACCAUAAGAAAGAUACGUAGGGCCUAUUCUCGCAUCGAACCCGUGGCCGUCUUUCCUUGUGUCGCAGCCGAAGGUAAUCCACCGCCACGGUAUGUUUUGAACAGCAAACGAUACCUCUACUUCUCUAUGGUGCGGUGAAAAAUACCUCAACUACUUCAUAAUGUGGUGAUAAAUACCUCUACUACUCUAUAAUGUGGUGUUUAUAAAGACUCGAACUAAAAAGUGAGAUUGCCUUAUUAAAAUAAUAAAUUUGUGUUGAAUAAUGUGCGCAAGAUGAUUGAUAGGUACUUAAGUAAAAUGUGUGUGCCCUUAUCAUGCCGGGUUGAAUGGUUGUUCUUCUUAACUAACUUGUGAUCGCGAAAUCAGCUUUCGGAAUAACUCAUGAUUGCUAAUUCAGCGUUGGAAUAACUUGUGUGCGCAAAAGUCAGUUUUGGAAUUAUUGGUGCACGCCAAAGUCAGCACUGGAAUGUCUUAUCAUCGCGAAAUCAGCGCUUGAUUAACUCGUGUCAGCAAAAUUAAAAUCUGCAAUGAGUUAUGAUUGCGAAUUUAUUGUUGUGAUUAAUCCCAGAGCAAAAUAUCAACUCUGGAAUGACUUGUGAUCCCGAUGUCAGCGUUGUAAUAACCAAUUUACGCAUAGUCAGCUAGACUAUUAAAAUGUUAUAUUGGUGAAGGACUGACAAUGAAGUGCGAAGUCUGUUUCUAUUUCAGCGUUGGAUUAGCUUGUGUGAGUCACAAUGUCGACUCUAGACUGCCUUCAGAGCAUAAUAGAGAUUAUUUGAUUAAGACAGUCAUCUGUGGACUCACUUGCGAGAUGACUAUGUAUUGGAUUAACAAAGUCAGUACAUAAAGAGCUUGUGAGCAUUAAGUCGAAAUGGUACUGACUUGUUAACGCGAAGUCAGCAUUAUACAGAAGUUACUAAAGAUCGAGGUCAGCGUUGGACAAAAGUCUCUGAAGAGCGAAGUCAGCGUUGGACAGAAGUCACUGAAGAGCGAAGUCGGCGUUGGACAGAAGUCACUGAAGAGCGAAGUCAGCGUUGGACAGAAGUCACUGAAGAGGGAAGUCAGCGUUGAAAAAUGUGUCAGGUAACUGUCUAUAUAGGAUCACAGAAUAAAACGUAACUUGUGAAAUGAUCGCUUUAAAGGUGCACUGUAUAUUGUUAUACCAUAAUAUGUUCUAGUUUAAUAAUUCUAUGCCGUUAUUUCAUGUUUCUAGUUAUAUCGAAAGAUAUUCUGUUUUAUUUCGGUGCUGAUUAGCAAACUGUUUAAUUCGACUGUUCUUAUUCACAAAUUAUUCUUAAUUUAUAAAUUAUCUUUUCUUCUACGCAACCGUGCUUUCUCUUUCUUUCAUACAGAAAUAUCUUAUUCUAGAGGGAGAUAGGUUGCACCAACCGUCUUUACGAUACCUCAUACGCGAACAGAAACGUGCGGCUUUAACCAAAUUCGAGUUUAUUUGAAGUCUGAAAGAUUUUAGGCUGUGAGUAAAAUGGAACUUAUGAUUAGGUGCAUUGAGACUAAUUUUACUUGUGUAUUUAGAUCGUUACCCAUCGACUAUACUAACGUACUAAUAGAUAGAGAGAUCCAUUUUAAUUAUCCUCUUGAAAAUAAAAUAUUCCUUUGAUAAGUUUUCCAUUAUCUAAAUUUAAUGUAUGAAAGUCCACAAUUAAAAUGUUGCUUUUAAUUUUGCAUUUAUAUAUUAUAAUGGACAGUCGUACAUAAAAAUGUGCGUACAGUUUUACAUUAUUGUAUAGGUACCAUAUUUUGAAAUAAAGACAGUGAUUAAUUGUCAAAAUUGUGUACAUAUUUUUAUACAUGACUGUCAGUGCAUUUAAAAACUGUCGCAUUUAAUAACUUUUGUUCAUUGAAAAAAAAACUAUGUCGCUUUGAAUUUCUUAUUCUUCUGUUGUGUGAAGAUAUUUGUGACAAGAUAGAUUUGGAAAAACGAAAGAAUUUCAUUUCACAGUAAAUAUGAAUAAUUUCUUAUGAUUGCUUUAUACGCACUUAUCUCUCCAUAUUAAAGUAAAAGUCGCAAAAGAGUACAUUUCCUUUGAAAUAUUUUAGAAGUACACAAAAACAUAAAUUUAUUGACAAAUAUUAUAAAAAACUUUAGUACAUUAUGAUUAGUAAUGUUAGUGGUCACAAAACUUUAGUUUUAAUUACUAAUGUGUUUUUUUUAAUAUUUUAUAUUUAAUUCUAGUUACAGUUUUACCUAAUUUCUAUCACAAACUUGUUACAAUUGUCCCUUGGUACGUAAAUUGAUUGCAAUGGGAGGCCCUAGAAAAUAAUAAACUAGCCUAGCUCCUAAUUUAUCAUUCAUCAACUAAAAGCAUGAUACCGUGUCAUAAUCUGUGAACAUGGCGCUCGUUUGUUGAUUUCGU